AGAAGUGGCUGCCCCAGGCCUCCCGUCAUCCUUUCCCGCCCUGCAUGCCCUGAGUGUCGCCCCCUUUGCGUUGGCAGGUUUGACCUGCAGCUGGCACAGGCCCUGGGCGAGGCCGUGUUUGAGAAGGGGCUCCGGGAGAAGCUGACGCAAGAGAACAGCUCUGCGCGCUGGGAGCUGGGGCUGAUGCAGCAGCAGCUGGAGCAGAAGCAGCAGGAUUGCACUGAGCUGCUGAGGGAGGUGGAGAGGCUGCGAGCCCACGAGCAGGAGCUGCUGAGUGGCCCUGCCCUGGGGGACAAGGGCCUGACCGACCUGAGGGACAGGUUCUGGAAGCUGGAGGCCAGCACCCUGGAGCAGCAGAAGAUCCAAAGGCAGCAGGAGGACACCAUCAGGCAGCUGGAGCAGCUCCACCAGCGUUCAGAGCUGGAGCUCCAGUGCAUGAAGCAGGUUCAUCAGAAGGACUUGGAGGACCGGGAGGAGGAGCUAGAGGACGUCCGUCAGUCCUGCCAGAAGCGGCUCCAGCAGCUGGAGGUGCGGCUGGAGCAGGAACACGAGGAGAAGCAGCUGGUUCUCCAUGAGAAGCAGGACCUGGAGGGGCUGAUCGGGACCCUCUGUGAUCAGAUCGGCCACCGGGACUUUGACGUGGAGAAACGUCUGCGCAGGGACUUGAGGAGAACCCACGCACUGCUGUCGGACGUGCAGCAGCUCCUGGGGACCAUGGAGGACGGCAGGGCCUCGGUCAGCAAGGAGGAGCUGGACAAGGUGCACAGCCAGCUGGAGCAGAGUGAAGCCAAGUGUGAGGAUGCAUUGAAGACCCAGAAGGCGCUGACAGCCGACCUGGAGAGCAUGCACAGCGAGCUGGAGAGCGUGACCCGCAGCAAGAGCCUGGUGGAUGAGCAGCUGUUCCGCCUGCAGUUUGAGAGAGCUGACCUCCUGAAGCGCAUCGACGAGGACCAGGACGACCUUAACGACCUCAUGCAGAAGCACAAGGACCUCAUCACGCAGGAACAUCAAGAAUUGUUUCCUCAGACUCCCAUCCACCCACCCACAUAA